AUGGCUUCUAUUGACUUAUUUGAAGCAUCCAUAUUUCUUUUUUGCUUUCUCGUCUUCUGUUACUUUCUCAACAAGAAAACUUAUGGUUACUUGUACAUCAAAAAUGCCCUUCAAAGCUACCCAUGGAACUGGCCUGUUCUUGGGAUGCUUCCAGCUGUGCUCGUGAGGCUCAAUCGGAUUGAUGAUGCCAUCUCGAUCAUUGAGAAAACCAACUUGACAUUUCUUUUCAAGGGUCCAUGGUUCGCUAGAAUGGAUGCGUUGAUCACCGUUGAUCCAGCUAAUAUACAUCAUAUAUUGACCUCCAAUUUCUCCAACUACGUCAAAGGACCUGAGUUCAAAGAGAUAUUCGAUAUCUAUGGAGACGCGAUAUUCGUCACGGACGGAGAGAUAUGGAAGAACAUAAGGAUGUCUUCUCAGGCCAGGCUCAAUCAUCAAGGUUUUCAAAACUUGUCAAUGAGUGUCAUAACAAGUAAAAUCAAGAACGUGCUUCUUCCUCUUUUUAGUCGAUUUUCGGAAGAUGGGACAGUGGUGGACUUGCAAGAUGUGUUCCGGAGAUUCAUGUUCGAUGUAUCCCUAGUUAUAGUAUCCGGUUCUGAUCCUCAGUCUCUCUCCUUUGAAAUGCCAGAGGUUGAGUUCGCGGAAGCCUUUGAUAAUGCUGGGGAAGCCAUUUUGCUUAGGCAUGUCAUACCAAGAUUCUUUUGGAAGUUUCAAAGAUGGAUGAGAUUGGGUCAAGAGAAGAAGUUGAUAGAAGCUGGUGCAACUUUUGAUCGAAUCUGCGCGAAAUACAUUGAUGCAAAGAGAGAAGAGAUAAGAUCACAAGGGAUUGAUCAUGAUCAUGAUCAUUCCAAUGGAGAAAGUGAUGAUGUUUUAACAUAUUUCAUAAAGCUAGAUACAAGCAAGUACGAGCACUUGGAUCCAAGCAACGAUAAGUUCAUUGGAGAAAUCCUUUUAUCUUUCAUUUUCGCAGGGAGAGAUACCACUGCCACUGGUUUCACUUGGUUUUUCGGACUCCUCACAAAAAACCCUAACGUGGAAGCCAAGAUUCGCCAAGAGAUCAACACAAAUCUACCAAAAGAGAGGCCAUGGUCGGCUAUCGAUCACAAAGAGUUUUUGAACAAGUUGGUGUAUCUACAUGCGGCAUUGUAUGAAGCAAUGAGGCUAUAUCCACCAAUCCCGUUCGAGCGCAAGUCUCCUAUAAAAUCAGAUGUGCUUCCAAGUGGGCACAAAAUAGGUGCAAACUCUAACAUUCUCAUCCCUAUUUAUGCUUUAGGGAGGAUAAGAUCUGUAUGGGGAGAAGAUGCGUGGGAAUUCAAGCCAGAGAGAUGGAUUUCAGAGACCGGAGGGCUGAGACAUGAGCCUUCUUCCAAGUUUUUAGCAUUUAACUCCGGUCCAAGAACUUGUCCUGGUAGGCAUUUAGCUAUGGUGACAAUGAAGACCGUAGCCGUGGAGAUAUUACAAAACUUUGACAUUAAUCUCGUUAAAGGACACAAGAUUGAGCCAAGGCCUCGUCUUGCUCUUCAGAUGAAUCAUGGGCUUAGAGUCACGCUUACUAAGAGAUGUUCAGCUUGAAAUGUUAAUGUCAUUGAGUUGUUCCAAUAAUCUAUCGGUUAUAGUAUGUAUUUGUCCAUAUGUAUUUGUCUUGGGGUCUUUGCAAGGUUGGUAAAUUUGUGAUUUGAGGAAGUUUACUUCUAUCUUAUUUUUCAUUUUGUAUUAAUGAACACUGAACUGUUUAUUUAUUUUUAGAAAAUGUAUGCAUUGUGGCUUAGUAAGAUAAAAGUUUACUGUCAU